AUGCAUUUGCUUAAAACUAGAUACAUACCUAUUUACACAAACAAAUCAGUCGAUGUUGACCUAGCCCCAAGUAAGCAGCCACAUGAGCUUAGCCUUGCUCCAGACUAGUUAACCAAAUAGUAAGUUGGUAUAAGCACCAUUUUAAUCAGUGUCUGAUUAAAUUUCGUCCGAGAAGACAAAAUCCUUCAGCAGUUGAUAGAGUUAAAAAUUUCCGGAGUCCGUGUAUUCUGGACAAAUAAGAAAAUGGAGAACAAUAAUGGCCUGAUCUUCCUGGAAAGCGUGAACCCACUGCAGAUAAAGAAUUCAACAAUAGAAGACACCAAAUUUGGGGAGAAAGUGACGAAAAACGUCUUCAAAAUCGGUUUAGAUAACCUUCAAAAAAUUCUGUCCAUGGAUUUUCCCAAACCUAAAAGCCCACGUGACACAGCCUUGUCACCCCUCAAAGUACAACCCCCACAAACAAACUUUAAGUUCCCCCAGCGUCAAAAUAGCGUCACAUCCCCCGAAGUAAAUCGUGAAACCAAACGACUGAAAUCCAUGCAAAAUCCGGAUUCACGCAAUUCAAUCCACAAUUCGCAAAAUUUAACUACCUCAAGUUUUCUCCCAAUCAAAGAAAACGAUACGAUUUACGCCAACAAUCAAAAUACAUAUUCCGGUACUACCCAAAAUCCCCCCAAAUCCGUCCCCCUCCUAAAUCCCAAGAAAAUAAACCCGACUAAAAAUUCAACCUCUAGUAAAAAACCGUUAGUCGCGUCAACUCCACCCCCAAAACCCCUUCACGUAAAACGACAAAAUUUGGAAAGUAACGCCACUAAAGGCAAGACCAUUUCCCAACAAUCAAAAGACCCUGAGGUGCGACGAAGCCGCAGAAUAAAUCACGAAUUUUGGAAGGAAGUUCAGGAGCGAGAGUACGCCGAAAUCUUGGCCAGCAGGGGGUGGACCUGGGACGACGAGGACGACGUCAUCGAGGAAGUCGAGAUGAUCGAUUGGAGGUCAAAUUUCGUGAAAGUUUCUGAACACGGAAGGAACUUUAUGGUCAAGAAGGAAAGCAAUCAACCCAAAAAACAGUGUCACAUCUGCCCGGACCAGUUUGACAAUGAGAUAUCCUUAUGGGACCACGUUAUCGAGACGCACUGCAAGCAAGAUAAGCAUGACUGUCUCAUCUGCAACGUAUCUUUCUCACGCCCCAUGGAACUUCACCGGCACAAUGUCUCCAACCACUACGAUAUCGACGAGAUGGAGUGAGAACUAGCAAAUUUUCAUAAACUUGAUAAACUUUUACAUACCUAACUAUUAUUAAGAUCGUUAGAAAUUAAGUAAAUUCAUUAAAUCUAUAUUUCAAAUAUUAGUUACAUUUUUAUCUAGAAAUAUAAACAAAUAAAUGAAAUUGUCGAUUACAAAGCGCCUGGAA